AUGCCUCCGCAGUACAAGAGGACACACAUCGGCAUGCCUGAGCUUCCAAACAUACAUAUCCGCGACGCCGAAUUCCCCGCCGACAAGCAGGUGGUAGGGCGGCUGUUCAGGGCGUACGCGGAGUCAUUGCCCAUCAGCCUCGACUUUCAAAAUUUCGACCACGAGUUGGCGGAACUACCUGCUAAAUACGCAACUGAAAAGGGAGGGGCUGUUUGGCUACUGGUCUCCUCGGCAGAGGAGGGGGAAAGUCACGAAAGUACCGCCGGCUUCAGCACCACAAGAGAGAACGAGCGAGCCAUAGGAUGCAUAGCCAUCCGACCCUUCUUCGCUACGCCCACCACGGCUGAAUCUGCAGCACUACUAGCAAAAUCGACAUCACCACCCACCAAGACAUGCGAGCUCAAGCGCUUGUUUCUCGCGCCAGAAACGCGGGGAAUGCGUCUCAGCAAGCCAUUGAUGGAAAUUGCGCUCUCGCAUGCGAAGAAACUGGGUUAUGAAGAGAUGCUGCUCGAUACACUUCGCAGCAUGAAACCUGCAAGAAAGUUGUAUGAGAGGUACGGGUUUAAAGAGAUUGACAGCUAUUAUGAGAACCCAGAGGACGCAGUAUUCUAUCGCUUGAAGCUCUAA